CAGAGAGUUCUGGCAUCUCUUCAAAUGCCUCAAGCUGAAAACGACAACAGCUGCCCGGCUCCGCUGAUCCUUGACUAUUAAAUUUCUGUUCUGUCUGUAAACUUAGCAGGAUUUCAGGAGCUCUUGCAGACAGGACUCACUCAUGAUGCCAAUUUAAUUGAGGUGGUAAAGUUCUACCAUAGUACCUGCGACUGCUGCUUGUUCUGGAAACUAAGAAAGGACAGACUAAGAAAAGGAAGAAAAGAGGAAAGUAAGAGCAGACUGUAGAGGAGAAGAGGUGGAGAAAAGAUGUGACAGCUGGUCUCUUCCAGCAGAACCCCAGCUAUGAUGGACAGCUGAAUGAACGCCCUGGCUAAUUCUCUACUCUAUCAGCCAUAAUGGUCCCAGUUCUGCUUUUGGUAACAGUGUCAACCUCCAUUCCACUCACUACAAACACCACAAAUGACAACGGAGGGCUCACCAGCCCUCAUAUCCUGCCCACACUGCUCGUACUCUCACUGCUAGUGCUCAUCGUGACUCUGGUAGCCUGCUACUGCCUCAGGUUCAAAAACCGCCAAAAAGCCGACAUCACUGUAGUCGACAAGAAGAUACCAAAUGGCAUUCUGGAAGAACAAGAGGCACAGACGGUGGUUUUGUUGCCAAGAUCGCCUUCCACAUCGAAAAAGUAUCUCCCCAUUCCCGUAGAAAACUUAGAGGACGAGUACCGCAUCCGAUCGGCUGACGAUGGGAAACUCUUGCGCGAAGAAUACAACUCGUUACCAGGCGGAAACCCACAAGGCACAUAUGAAGAGGCAAACAAAGAUGAUAACAAAGAGAAGAACAGAUAUCCCAAUAUUCUUCCUUAUGAUCAUUCCAGAGUAGUGCUGACACAGAUAGACAGCAUUCCACACUCGGAUUAUAUAAACGCUUCAUAUAUAGACGGCUACAAAGAUAAAAACAAAUUCAUCGCAGCACAAGGACCAAAACAUGAAACAGUUGCUGAUUUCUGGAGAAUGAUAUGGGAGCAGAAAACAUCUACAAUUGUCAUGCUGACCAACUUAAAAGAGAGAAAAGAAGACAAGUGUUAUCAAUAUUGGCCUGACAAGGGGUGCUGGACUUAUGGGAACAUGCGUGUAGCUGUGGAGGACAUCACCGUGCUGGUUGACUACACGAUACGCAAAUUCUGUGUGCAAUAUCAAGCUAGUGAUGGCUCUAAAACCCCUCGUCUGGUCACACAGCUGCACUUCACCAGCUGGCCAGACUUUGGCGUGCCCUUCUCGCCUAUUGGCAUGCUCAAGUUCCUCAAGAAAGUCAAGCAGGUGAACCCAUCAUAUGCAGGUCCCAUCGUGGUGCACUGCAGCGCUGGGGUUGGAAGGACAGGUACCUUCAUCGUAAUCGACGCAAUGAUUGACAUGAUGUAUGAGGAACAAAAGACUGAUGUAUUUGGGUUUGUGUCCAGAAUCAGGGACCAGCGAUCACAACUUGUACAGACAGACAUGCAGUACUCAUUCAUCUACCAGGCCCUGCUGGAGUACUUCCUUUACGGGGACACUGAGUUGGAUGUGUCCUCUUUAGAGGGACAUCUGCACAAACUGCACAACACCAGUGCACCACUCGACCGUCUGGGGCUCGAGGAAGAGUUUAAGAAGCUGACCAACAUGCGGAUUAUGAAGGAAAACAUGAGAACGGGAAACCUACCAGCAAAUAUGAAGAAGAACCGAGUGCUCCAGAUUAUUCCAUAUGAUUUUAACAGAGUGAUCCUAUCCAUGAGGAGAGGGCAGGAAUUCACUGACUACAUUAAUGCAUCUUUUAUUGAUGGCUACAGGCAAAAAGACUACUUCAUUGCGACACAAGGUCCUUUACCCCACACGGUUGAAGAUUUCUGGAGGAUGGUUUGGGAAUGGAAAUGCCAUUCUAUAGUCAUGCUUACAGAACUCCAAGAAAGAGAACAGGAUAAGUGUUGUCAGUACUGGCCCACAGAAGACUCUGUGAAAUAUGGAGACUACACAGUGGAAAUCAAAGCUGAUACUCAGUGUGAUGACACUUUUAGUCUCAGAGACCUGGUACUCACACAUGACCCGGAGAAGGAGACACGAUUGGUCCGUCACUUCCACUUUCACGGCUGGCCGGAGAUUGGAAUUCCAGCAGAGGGGAAGGGAAUGAUCGACAUCAUUGCUGCGGUGCAGAAACAGCAACAGCAAUCAGGCAACCACCCCAUCGUCGUACAUUGCAGUGCUGGAGCGGGUCGGACCGGUACGUUUAUUGCCCUCAGUAAUAUUCUGGAGCGUGUGAAAGCAGAGGGCCUGCUGGAUGUCUUUCAGACUGUGAAGAGUUUGCGAAUGCAGCGGCCACACAUGGUGCAGACUGUGGAACAGUAUGACUUCUGCUACAGAGUGGUACAGGACUUUGUCGACAUUUUCUCAGACUAUGCCAAUUUUAAAUGAUCAAAUUUGCCUUAAGUUUCUGUUCAGUGUUUUUUUAUACCAGUUGGUCAGGAAUUUACACCCAGAACUGGAUAAAAUCUGCUUCUAUUUUGCUAUGCACUUGUCCUCUAAAGAUCAUAUCUAUCUGUAAUACAAUGUCAUAUACUAAAAGCUACAAAGGUUAGUAACUGUAAGUGUAUGUAAGUUGUGUGUCUUUCACGCCUCGUCGUGUCGUUUCAUUCCAUCAUAGUGUUUUAAGCACAUUUUUGAUUUUGCUUUAUUCCGGGUCUUAAUGACCUAACAGUUUAAAUUUUUUAACCUGUGUAAAAUUUGUAAAGCUAUAGGUAUUGUAAAUGUAUUUAUGUAUUAUUGCUUACAGUCCAUUCUCACAUAUUUUAAAAUGUUUUGUUGAUGUUUGAACUUUUAUUUAUUUCGAUGUGAUGUCGUACAUAUUAAGACGACCGGCAUCACCAGUAGUGUCCUUUUUUACUUUUCUUUUUCUUUAACUUUAAAAUCUAACAAUCGCAGCCAUGUUUAAGUUUUAAAACUCAGUGAAUCUAUCUUGUGGAAAAAAAAAGACAUUUUGUAUCAGAAUUUGUAUAAGAGUGAUUUCACACUCGGUGAGAUAGGAAUCGGCCCAUUUUUCAUUUUUCAGCUGAUGGUUUUGUAAACAUUAACGCCGACGGCAUGGGCUUUCAAAGCACACUGAUUACAGAUCAUUGCACAAUGCCAAGGACAUAUAAAUAGAAUGGGUUAUUAAAGAACGAUAUAUAUAUAUGA